GGCAUUUGGCCCGGGCUUUGAGCCUGCUCAGGCUUGAGCUUAGACACUCCGUACUUAGACUUAGCACUGGAGAGGCUUAGGCCUAACUAGGCGGAUAAGGAGGCUGAGGACAGCUGCACCUUGUGUGAACUGAUCUUAGUGGCCUUGCGACAGCGCAACUGAUCCCAAAUAACCAGACAUCCAGAACAACGUAGAAUUGCAUUCCACAACGACAAACAUCUCAGCAUCAGCAAUAACGCUUCCGCCGGUUUGCUUCAAGGCCCCCUUCUAAACUUGGACGCUUCAGCAUACGAAACUCGUUCCUCCGGUCCCCUUGUCCCCUUGCACUGUCAUCCACAAUGGCCGACCGCUUCCCAUCCCUCGACGAUUUCGAUUCCGGUGCUCAGACAAACGUCAACGACGUCGGUUCUCCAGAUGCCGACGACUUUCUUGCCAGGGAGCAAGCCCUCCUUGGUGACGACGCAGCACAGUUCGCAACCAGCAAUGACUCGGCUGCUUUCGUAGACACAUCCGAUGACCUGCUUGGUGAAGGCGACGAUUCACAUCUGGAGCAAUCACAAUUCCAGAACCAAUUCCCCGACAUUAACUCGGGCAAUGAUGCAGUAGGACCCAGCGGCUCCAUCACCGGACCUUCGGUCAGCUACAACUCGGGAUUUCAGGCGCACGCCGAGGAGGAGCAAGAGCCCGAGGUCAUCACGCAAUGGCGCCAGAAGCGCGACGCCAGCAACGCCAAGCGAGCCGAACAAUUCGCCCAACAAAAGGCCGAGACGGUCAAGGAGGCCCAGCAGAACAUCGACGACUUCUAUGAGAACUACAACAACAAGAAGGACAAGACCAUUUCACAGACCCGCAAGGAAGCCGAGGAGUUCCUGGCAAAGCGAGAGGACACUGUCUCGGGCGGCACUAGCUGGGAGCGUAUUGCCAAGCUGGUCGACAUCAGCGGAAAGGGCCAGAAGGGUGGUGCUAAUGGCUCUGGCAAGGAACGAUUCCGUGAGCUGCUCAUGACUCUACGAAAAGACGAGAAGGCUCCGGGUGCCGAGGGUUUCUAGACUCAAGCGCAUGGUGGGGCGAUUGAUUAUUGGUCUGAUUGGGUCGCGAGCAAGUAAUCUCGGGGUCAUGCCUUGAUUCAAGGUUGAAAUGACCGCACUGUAAUGUAGACUGACUUGCGUUGGCUGAGGAAUGCCACUGGCAUCUCCGGCGGAGUGAAAACAAACAUGGGUUGGGUUAUACUGGCUUGGAACUUGCACUGACGGGCACGGUGCCGCGCAGGCAAAUCGUAACAGGUGGCCAAAGACCGGUUAGAUUAGUGACAAAUGAAAGGUGCUGUCAUUCGUGUGAAA